CAAAUAGCCAUUGCUCCCAGGCACUUCUACUUUAUAAGUUUUAUUUGCUUGGGGUGGGAAACAGAACCAUUUAAAAUCAUUGUCUUUGCAUGUGAAUGGCACAGAUCAUCAGGAAUACACAUCCCCCAUGGGAAAAACCAGGCACCCAGUCAUCACCCUCACUCUCCCUUUCCCUUUUUGCAGAUGUGGAUGACCACAUACAGGUGAAAAGUUGGCAAGGGAAGUAUUUGCGAGUGGGGAUUUCAACCUGGAUCUACCCAGCCCUAGUCCAUCACUCUGUUAGUCUGCCUUUGCAAAAGGAGCUCUGUUUGACUGCUGAGAUUAAAAGGGGCAGGUAUAAAGCUUCCUUUUUACUUUGAAUCAGGUGGCUUGUUGUGACGUUUAGUAUCCACAGCAUACUGGCUCCCAACCAGCAUUCCACUCACAGAUCAUGUGCACAUAAACAAAAGGACUGUCCUUACGCACCCUUUUCCUGCUCCUCCCCCUGUUCAAAAAGAAUUUGCUCGCUAAUCCUUCACUUAAGUAAUUGGUGUGCAAUGAGAGAACUCAGUCUUAAGGUGUGGUAACUUCAGGAAUUCAUCCUUCCACAUUUGCCCGAUUCAUAUGAUUCAAAUGCAUGGCCGCGAGACAGAUGGAAGGAGAGCAGAGCCCGCCAGCCAGGAACCAUGGCCCUUGCAUUGUGGGCUGCAUUUUUGCUCUUUAUCGGUCACUCCUUCCAACUUGGAAUCCUGCUUCCUCCACAAAACGUGACACUAAUUUCGGAGAACUUCUACACUUUCUUGACAUGGCACCAGUCUCCAAACUCGACCAACAGCACUCAGUAUGAGGUGGAGAAAAGUAAUGGUAACAGAUCUUAUCCUGACUGGAUCAAAGAGCCGUCCUGCAGAAGAAGGAAUCUCAGAGGAAACCGAAGCUGCCAGCUUCAUCUGUCAGACGUUUUCAGUUUUUACCAAGCCAGGGUGAGAGCCCAGGAUGGAGGCAGGUGGUCAGAAUGGACCUAUUCGGAUUGGCUGCAGCCAUACAAAGACACUGUUGUUGGCCCCCUCAUUCUCUCUCUGGCUGCUGCAGAUCAUAGCAUUACGGUAUCCAUCUCUAUGCCCCAGAUCCUACUGAAGGAAAAUGACUCAUUGGAUUUUACAUCCCUUCUAAAGAUCCGGAUCAUCCUCAGUAGUGAAGGGGGAGAUUUCCAGAACGUAAUGUUGUGUGAAGAUGAACUGAACAGCUGUUGGAUGGAUAGCAAACAAAGAAGAAUAAAUGUAACAAAACACACCUUUAAGAAUGUGAAGCCAAAUACCAAUUAUUGCGUCAAAGCAGAAGUUGCCAACCAACCAACCAGGGAAGCUGUGCAGUGUAUUAAAACGCCACCUAGCUCAACAGGUGACUACUGGACCCUUUCUGUUAUAGUGUUGGCCUCUGUUUUUGGACUCAUCCUGUUGAGUGGGGUUGGAAAGACUUUCCUUAAGCAGUACAUGCAACUGAGCACCUCAGAAAUGGAUCUGCCCAAAUCCCUGGUUUUUCUGAACAGGAAUUCAUCUGCUCUGAUACCUGCACUUCACUUGGAAGCUGAUUCUGUAGUUUUCAUCUCAACUACUGUGCAGCUGCCCUUGGAAGAUGGUCUGCCAACAGAGCAGGAAAACCCCCAGUUCCAACAGAUUCCAGGCAGUUUAGGUGCUCAGGGAUCAAGUGACUAUUGUCCAAAUGGUUUUGAUAAGGGCAAUGAGGACCCCUCUUGCUUGUCAGUUGCUGUUGUAGACUCCCUCUCAUCAGGAGGGCUGGUGAGGGAAGAUUAUUCAGCUGAUGAGGACUACAGAAGUGCUGUGGAGCUCUUGGAAUCUUCUGAACACCCAUCGCCAUCACCAGGAGGAUUUCGUUUUGGUGGCUUGGAGAAAGUCUCUUGGGAAUGCAGAACUAGCUAUAAAAGUGGCCAAGUGAGAUGGCUGCCUUCAUCUGGGGCUGAUAUUCCCCUCAGCUCUUUGAAGUUGCAGGCUCAUCUAGACACACAAGGCCUUGUGUACAGUCCAGGACCUUUUGAUCUAGUGAAAGGCUGCAAUACCUACCCAGAGGCCCCAGCCAAGCAGGUCGCUGAGUUACAGGUGUACCAGGAUCAGAGCAGUUUCUUAGAAGAUGCGGAGCUUCGUAGCACCUCCAGCCUGGAAGCCAAAGACACAAUGGCAAUGAGUUUCCCUGGCUAUGAACUUCACCCACCCAUCCUUUUCUGUGGACCAUAGUUUUUUGAUGUGUCAAAUAAGCAACUGGGAAAUGCAGAAACCCCAGCUGCUGUCUCACCUUGUAGGAGAAGGUGGGAGCUGAAGAAGAAAGAGAGAGGUCUGUCCUGACGGGUCUUCAAAAGGGUUACUGGCCUCUCUUUCCCUCCCACUAUAUCCCACUAUAUUUUGCUUCCUGACAUGCACAGUUCCACCCUCCUCCAGCUCGCCACCUCACCCUGAUCCCUGGCAACUGAUGCCUGAAAUGGCUGUUUCACUCUGCCUAAUGGUAGGGCAGGCACUGAGGAUGGCGAGACAGCAAUCUGACUCAUGAACCUACCUAAUCCAAAUGUAGCCAUGUAACUGGAGUGCACAAAGGAGAGCCAGAAAAUUGUAAGAAGGAGUAAUGGUAGAACUCCUCCUUCUCAUGUGCCUCAUGUGCACUCAUCAUCUUCCCAGUUCCCAUAUCAAUGUUAUAGAAACGGGGGUUCGCUUUUACAGCUGAAGUCCCACUCAAGGGGCUCAGAAUUCCCCAAGGUCUGUUCUCAGAAAAAUAAAAGGAGACAACAACCAAGUACUGUAAAGGUAAAGCAAGGUUGGCUGCUAAGCCUGAUCCUUAUUGAAUGGUUGGAACAGAGAUUCCCCCUCCUUCAACAGGAAGAAGAGCCGCAAACAACGUGGGUAGCAAGUUCUAAAACUUCAGAAAGUGUCCCAGCCUCUUUACAGAAAGACCACCCAGAAACGUAAUAGAAAUGUAAUAAAAAGGGGUUGUUCUGUGAAAUCGGGAGCAUGCAUGGAUUACAUGCUUUCCAACUUGUCUAUCAUGAUAUUUUAUAAAUUGCUUGUCUCACUCUGCCAUUCAUA